UUUUCAGCAUCUGCCUGUCUUAUGUUCUCUUUCGUUUGCUCUUUUUAGCCAUGAAAAAAAAAAUAAAAAUAAAAAAAAGAAAAAGAAAAAGAAUGAUUAAUUUUUAACCACAUGACUGCGACUGAUUAUCUUGAUCAGGGAAAAUUUUCUUUGCUGAAUUUGCUUUGCUGCGCUGUUGUUUGACAAAAUGCGUAGCUGGGGCAACGUUGCGAAAACAUUCAAUCCUCCACAGUUUCAGCGUUCAUUUCUUCUCUUCACUCUCAACGCUUAGAAAACGCGCUGAGAAAGAAAAUAAUUUUGGCUGUCAUGGUCUUUAUGGCCAUAUGUUCUUCCUCUAAUUCUUCCUCUUCAUCUUCGUCUUCUUUCUUUAUCCUUCACUUCACUCACGCCAUCGCCACAGCGCGUGCUCCCUCGUCAGAAAACUAAUCCAUAGCUGAACUCACCGGAUCUCUCAUAAUUUACGGCAUUUAUCCUUACCGACGACGAGUCUACAGGAAUAAAUAAAGGAUCAGAGGAGAAGUGGAAGUUUCAUUUGUGAGGCCAUGGUAUAGCUUAAGCAAUGAGGAGCAAAGAUCCAUUUUGGGAGCAUGUGGAUGUUGUAGAGAAUAAGCGAUCUCGUUGUCGACACUGUGGAGAGGUUUUUGCUCCUCGAAACAUUCAUAGGAUAAAACUACACUUGGCUGGAGUUGCACGUGGCAUUAAAAAGUGUACAGGAGUUCCUGCUGAAGUACGAGAGGAAGCUCUUAAAGCAGUUAGCAAGAGGAAAGAUGAAACUCCUAGUUACUCUGUUGUUCUCCAGGGUAAGAAUUCGUUACCAUCUAACGUUCAAUAUUCUUCACCAGAAAUAAGCCAAAAGAAUGACAAUGUGAUGCUAUUAAGAAACAAUAAUGAUAGCAAGGUGAUCAACCAGAAGCUAGCAAAAUUUUUUCUUCUUAACAACAUCCCAUUUGAUGUUGUGGAAACAUCAUCUUUUAUUGACUUUGUGAAGAGUGUGUCUCGAUGUGAUCAUGGCUAUAAGUUACCAAGUCAUUUGGAGCUUCAAACAGAGUUCGUUUCUGAAAUUGAGAUGCAAGUCGAGAAAUAUGUGAAGGAUGUGAAGAAAUCAUUGGAAAAAACUGGUUGCACUAUAAUGGUUGAAAAUUGUUGCAACUUCAUCAACAUCCUUGUAUAUUCUCCAGAAGGGGCGAUAUUUGAAGCUUCAUAUGAAGUUUCAGUGUUGGAGACUAUGGAUUUUGGCAUAAGAGAGAUUGUUGCUUCCAUAAUUGAAAAAACUGGGGUUGAUUAUGUUGUCCAAGUCAUCACCAACGAUAGUCAAAUUUUGCAUUCAGUUGGAGAAAUGCUUGAGGUUAACUAUCCAAGAAUUUACCUGAUUCGCUGUGUAGCUCAAGAGAUUCAUUUUCUUCUGAAGGACAUGUUCGAUGAGAUUCCUUGGAUAGGACAGAUAAUUGAUCAUGCAGAAUUGAUCCUCAAACAUAUGUACCACAAUGACGUUGUUUUAUCAUUGAUGAGACAAUACACGAAAGACAAGGAAUUGAAACAUCCUUCUAUGUCCAAGCUUGCCUCCAAAUAUCAAAUGCUUCACUCUAUCUUUGAUAAUAAGAAUGAAUUGCAACAACUCAUUGCAUCUGAGGAAUGGUACAAGCUGGAUUCUAACAGGAAUGAGACAGCUGCGAAGGUUACCGAUAUUAUUCAAAGUGAAAACUUCUGGAGUGAAGGACGUGAUGUAUUAGAUGUUCUAGAGCCAAUAGUUCAAGUCCUUCGAUUAGUGGAAGAUGAUAAAUCAACUUCAGGAUACCUAUAUGAAGAAUUGAAAAGGGCAAGGGAAGCAAUUGAAGGGUACCGUGAUGGCAAUCCAGCAAAGUAUCAAAGGAUAUUGGAGUUAUUGGAGGAGAGGCAAGGUAUGAUUAUUCACCCGAUACAUGCUGCUGCAUCUUUUCUGAAUCCUACUUACAUGUUUCUUAAAGAUUCUGAAUACUGGGACAUCAAUAUGUACAAUGGCAUGAACCUAUUGUCGGAGAAAUUGGUUGCAAGUGGGGAAGAAACAGCAAAUUUUACUCGUGAACUUCAGCUUUAUCGAAAGCGAUCCAAGGAGUUCACCAAUGAAAUGUCAUACGAAAUCAUGAACUCAUAUCAUCCUCGUGAAUGGUGGGAGCAUCAUCAGCCACGCCUUCCAGUACUGAGCAAGUGUGCAAUAAGAAUUCUAAGCCAACCAUGCAAAUGUUCAUGUAACAUAAAACCUAGUGUAUCUGAAGUUGCACGAAGGAAGCUGAUGAAUAGUACAUCUAAAUCACUAAAUCACAUGUUUGUGACAGUCAAUUCAAUUUUCAUGGAAAAGUUUAGGAGUAUGGAGAAGCAAAAUCGCAUGCCCUUGAUUGAUCUUGAAACUUGUACUGAAUUGCCUGAUUAUGCUGUUGAUAAACAAGACUGGGAGAAUGAUCAAAUGGAUGUUGAUGCAAAGAAUGAAACAGACCUUUUAUGUUUUGGUGACAAGACAUUACUUCAGCAGCUUGAAGCGAGUGAUUGGGAUAUCAACACCACGGCAACACUUUCUCAAAUGCUUUGUAAUUAUGGGGAAUGUGCAAAGGAUCAUUCUCAUCCUUGGUAGGAGAUUUACUUCCUAGCACAGUAGAUUUAGCGACUAAUACCCAAGAGACCAACGACACUAUAGGAAAAAAUAUCAGCACGAGUCGCAUUUUUAAUGUUCUCUAGUAGAAUUUGAUGAUUUUUCUGAAUGACUGUGUUGAAAAUAAAAUAAAUUAUUCAA